AUGGCCGCGGCGCCGGUUACCCGGCUGCUCUGGGCGCUCCUCUCGCCUCUCCUCAGCCUCUGCCCCUGCCCCGCCGGCUCCCGCGGGGCUCCCGCGGGGCUCAGCCUCCACCCGCCCUACUUCAACCUGGCGGCGGCAGCCAGCAUCUCGGCCACGGCCACCUGCGGGGAGGCGGCGGAGGGCGGCGGGCGGCCGGAGCUGUACUGCAAGCUGGUGGGGGGCCCGGCCGCAGCACCCCUGGGCCGCGCCAUCCAGGGACAGUUCUGUGACUACUGCAACGCUGCAGAGCCCAGCAGAGCUCACCCGGUGACCAACGCCAUCGACGGCACGGAGAGCUGGUGGCAAAGCCCUCCUCUCUCCAGGGGCCUGAGGUACAAUGAAGUCAAUGUCACCCUAGAUCUGGGACAGCUCUUCCACGUUGCCUAUAUCCUCAUCAAGUUUGCCAACUCUCCUCGUCCAGACCUCUGGAUCUUAGAGAGAUCAGUGGACUUUGGAAGGAGCUACACUCCCUGGCAGUACUUUGCUCACUCCAAGGCAGAUUGCUUGGAGCUCUUUGGGAAGGAAGCAAAUCUGCCAGUGAGGAGGGACAAUGAUGUCCUUUGCACCACGGAGUACUCUCGCAUCCUGCCUCUUGAGAAUGGAGAGGUUGUGGUAUCUCUGGUAAACGGUCGCCCAGGGGCUAAGAACUUCACCGCUUCCCUUCCCCUGCGGGAGUUCACCACAGCCAGCAGCAUCCGCCUGCGCUUCCUGCGGACCAGCACCCUCCUGGGACACCUGAUCGCAAAAGCACAGCGAGACCCCACCGUCACACGCAGGUACUACUACAGCAUCAAGGACAUCAGCAUUGGAGGCCGAUGUGUUUGCCAUGGCCACGCUGAAGCAUGCAGUGCAAGGAGUGCUGAAAACCAAUCCCAGUUUCAGUGUGAAUGUCAGCAUCACACCUGUGGGCAGAGCUGUGAGCAGUGCUGCCCUGGAUACCAUCAGAGGCAGUGGCGACCUGCGGCAGCUGGCAGCACAAACAUCUGUGAGCCCUGCAACUGCCAUGGACAUGCCACUGAUUGCUACUACGAUGCUGACGUUGAUCGGCGUGGAGAGAGCUUAAACAUCCAUGGGCAGUAUGAAGGUGGAGGAGUCUGCAUCAACUGCCAGCACAACACAGCUGGUGUGAACUGUGAGAAGUGUGCAGAAGGUUACUAUCGGCCUCACGGGGUCCCAGCCACUGCUCCCGACGGCUGCAGACCCUGCAGAUGCCCCUGGGAGCGUGCAGAGGGCUGUGAGGAAGGCUCUGGCCGCUGCUUGUGUAAGCUGAAUUUCCAGGGAGAAGAGUGUGAAGGUUGUGCUGAUGGAUUCCAUGCUUAUCCAUUCUGUGUCUCCUGUGAAUGUAACCUGUGGGGAUCCCAGCCUGAAGUCUGUGAUGUUUCUGGGAGGUGUCUUUGUCGCUCUGGAGUAGCUGGAGAGCAGUGUGACAGAUGCCAGCCUGGCCACCACUCCUUCCCUGCCUGUCCAGGUGUCAGCAGUGAGUGCGACCCCUCAGGGAGCCUUGCUUCUCCUUCUGGCUUCUGUCAAUGUCUUCAGCACGUUGAAGGUCCUACCUGUAGUAAAUGCAAGCCCUUGUACUGGAACCUGGCCAAAGAAAACCCUGAGGGAUGCACAGCCUGCCAGUGUGAUGUGAGAGGAACACUAAGUGGAGUUGGAGAGUGCCAGCAGGCAAAUGGACAUUGCCACUGCAAAGCAAAUGUUUGUGGGGGUUCCUGUGACACUUGCCAAGCUGGGUUUCAUGCUCUCCAAGACAAGAAUUAUUUUGGCUGCCAAGGCUGCUGGUGUGACGCUGGAGGAGCUCUCAGCCCGCUGUGUGCUGCACCCUGGGGCGGCUGCCAGUGCCGGGCGCACGUCGUGGGGACCUCCUGUCAGGAGCCUGAAAAAAACUACUUCUUCCCUGAUCUGCACCACAUGAAGUAUGAGGUUGAAGAUGGUACCACUGCCAAGGGCAUGGAAAUUCGCUUUGGCUAUGAUCCUCAGGAGUUUCCAGGGUUCAGUUGGAGAGGAUAUGCCCAGAUGUCCCCCAUACAAGAUGCAGUGAGGCUAAGUGUGACUGUGGAACAAUCCAGGCCCUCCUCAUUCCACAUUGUCCUGAGGUACCUCAACCCUGGAGGUGAGGCCUUGCCUGGGCGCCUCUCUGCUUGCCAGGCUCAGCCUGGAACAGGGGCUGCUCAGAACAAGGAGUUUGUCUUCCCACCCAGUAAGGAGCCUGCUUUCAUCACAAUCCCAGGGAAAAGCUCUGCAGAGCCUUUCUCUCUGGCUCCAGGCACGUGGAAUGUCAGCAUAAUGGCAGAGGAAGUCCUCUUGGAUUAUCUGGUGCUCUUACCCAGUGAUUACUACGAAGCAUCCAUCCUGCAGGUCCGAGUGACAGAGCCUUGCAGCCCUUCAGGGGACACUUCCACAGAGCACUGUUUGCUCUACCAGCAUUUGCCGCUGGGCAGCUUUUCCUGUGUCCUGGGCUCAGAGGCAGCGCAUUUCAGACGUGGGGGAGACUUCAGAAGGAUACCUCUGCACCAGCCAACUCCUGAUCAGCCAGUGCUGGCCCACAUCAGUGGAAGAGAGGUCCAUGUGGAGAUGACCAUCAGGGUUCCUCAGGUGGGUCGCUACGUACUGGUGUUUGAAUAUGCCAACGAGGAGGAUCAGCUACACACUGCCCAGGUAGAAGUUCACAGCCCUGGGCCUGCCACUCAAGGCAGAGUGAGAAUAUACAGCUGUAAAUACAGCUUCCUUUGCCGCAGCGUUGUGGUGGACGCUGGGAACCGCAUUGCAGCCUAUGACCUUCUGGCAGGCACAGCCAAGAUCCAGCUGACAGCAGCAGCACUGCACCUGCUCCUGCACAAGGUUUGUAUCAUACCAGCUGAAGAGUUUUCUCCAGAGUAUGUGGCUCCUAGAGUGCAGUGCAUAGCUGCCUACAGCAGGACCCAUGCUGGCAGUGCAACAUGCAUCCCCUCAGUGUAUGAAACUCCAUCAGCAGCCUUGGUUUUGGAUGCCUUCAAAGAUGGGAGGAUUUCUGAAGCACAGAGAAAUACACUCUAUGGUCCACAGAGUGCCUCUUCACCUUCUGGCUCACUCCAUGGAGUCACCUUGACACCAUCACAGGAGCAGCUGACCUGGCAUGGCAGAGUGCCCCUCUUGGGCAGGUAUGUCUUUGUGGUGCAUUUCUCCCAGCCAGCACACCCAACGUUCCCUGUGCAAGUGCGUGUGGAUGUGGGACGUGUGUGGACUGGCUCCUUCAAUGCUUCCUUCUGCCCUCAUGCCUCUGGCUGUCGGGAUCAGGUGAUUGCAGACAACCAAAUUGAGUUUGACGUUUCUGACCCUGAGGUCUCUGUUACAGUGCUGAUUCCUGAUGGCAAGGUGCUGGUCCUGGACAAGCUCUUAGCUGUUCCAGCAGACACCUACAGUUACAAAAUUCUUGACACAAAGGCAGUGGACAAGUCUCUUGAUUUUAUCAGCCAGUGUGGAGGAAACAGUUUUGCUCUUGACCCAGAAGGAUCCUCAGCCUUCUGCAGGGACUCUGUGAAGUCCCUCGUGGCUUUCUACAACAAUGGAGCCCUGCCCUGUAAUUGCCACAGCUCAGGUGCCAUGAGCCCUACUUGCAGCCCCCUGGGAGGGCAGUGCCUGUGCAGAGCCAACGUCAUCGGGCGGCGGUGCAGCCGAUGCCAGACCGGCUACUACGGAUUCCCCUUCUGCAAGGCCUGCAAGUGUGGGCAGCACCUCUGUGAUGCUGUGACUGGUGAAUGCAUCUGCCCUCCACGAACUGUGAGACCCAGGUGUGAGGUGUGUGAGCAACAUUCCUUCAGCUAUCACCCUGUUACUGGCUGUCAGAGCUGCAACUGCUCAGAAAGAGGAGUUGUCAACGUGGCCAGCCCACAGUGUGACAAAACCAGUGGGCAAUGCAGAUGCAAACCAGGGGUAAGAGGCCUGCAGUGUGACCAGUGUGCUCCUGGUACUUAUGGCUUCCCCAGCUGCAGGCCCUGUAGCUGCAACAGAGAUGGAACAGAACCAGAUGUUUGUGAUCCCCAGACAGGAAUUUGUCUCUGCAAGGAGAAUGUUGAAGGUGCAGAAUGUGACACCUGCAAAGCAGGAUCCUUUUUCUUGGACCCUUCUAACCCCAAGGGAUGCAGCUCUUGCUUUUGUUUCGGGGCCACCAGCAAGUGUCGCAGCAGCGCUGGGCGCAGAGCCAAGUUUGUGGACAUGAGGAGCUGGCGCUUGGAGGCGGUGGAUGAGCAGCUGGACAUCCCUGUCAGUUUCAAUCCAGUCAGCAACAGUGUGGUGGCUGAUGUGCAAGAGCUGCCUGCUUCAGUGCACAGCUUGUACUGGAGGGCACCACCUUCUUACCUGGGACAGAAGCUUUCUUCCUAUGGUGGCUUCCUAAGCUACCAGGUGAAGUCUUUUGGCCUGCCUAGUGAGGGCAUGGUUCUGCUGGACAAGAGGCCUGAUGUGCAGCUGACAGGCCAGCAAAUGAAGGUUGUCUAUGUGGACCCCAACAACCCACAGCCUGACCGUCAGUACCACGGCCGUGUGCAGCUGGUGGAGGGAAACUUCAGGCAUGCCAGCAGCAAUCAGCUUGUAUCCAGAGAAGAGCUGAUGCUGAUCCUGUCUAGACUGGAAGGGUUACACAUCAGAGGCCUCUACUUCAGUGAGACUCAGCGCUUAACCCUGGCUGAGGUUGGGCUGGAAGAAGCCAGCAGCACAGGAAGCGGCAGCGUGGCCUACGGGGUGGAGAGCUGCUCCUGCCCUCCAGGCUACUCUGGUGACUCAUGUCAGGACUGUGGCCCCGGGUUUUAUCGUGCAGGAUCGGCGACGGGACGCUGUGUCCCCUGCAGCUGCCACGGCAACUCGGACAGGUGUCAGGAUGGCACUGGGACAUGCAUUAGCUGCCAGCACAACACAGCAGGGGAGCAGUGUGAGCGCUGCAAGGAAGGGUACUUUGGAGACGCCACUCAAGGCUCCUGCCGCGUGUGUCCCUGCCCCUACACAAACAGGUUUGCAACUGGCUGUGUGGUAAAUGGUGAAGAAAUUCAGUGCCUCUGCAAAGAAGGCUACGCCGGAGCCCGCUGUGAGCGCUGUGCUCCAGGAUAUUUUGGGACUCCACAGAUAUAUGGAGGCCACUGCCAGAAAUGUAACUGUGAUAGCAAUGGGCAGCUGGCCAGCUGUGACCACUUGACUGGAGAAUGCUUCAACAACGACCCAAAGGAUGUGGAUCCCAACGAAGAUUGUGACCCUUGUGACAGCUGUGUGAUGACACUGCUGAAGGACCUGAGCACAAUGGGGGAUGAGCUGCAGCUGAUCAAGUCUCGGCUACAGAACGUGCAGAGGAGCAGCCAGGCGCUGGAGCAGAUGAGGCGGCUGGAGGCACACAUCCAGGACCUGAAGCUGUCCCUGGACAGUUUCCGCUCUGGGGUUCGCAAGCAGGGGUCGAAGGUGGAUGAGCUGGAGGCAGAAUUCAGCAACCUAAACCAUGAUGUAAAUGCUCUCCAGGAAAAGGCUGAGGUGAACUACAAAGCAGCUGAGAUGUUGUUCAACAGCUUUGGCCAAACUCAUCAGAAGGGGAAGGAUUUGGUUUCCAGAAUACAAAUCCUUGUCAAGAAUAUCCAAGUGCUGUUGGAGCAAGCAGCUGGUGCCAGCCCAGAAGGUAACAGCUUGCCCCUGGGAGACGCUGCCCUGAGGCUGGCUGAAGCCCAGCGGCUGCUGAGGGAGAUGCGGAGCCGCAGCUUCGGCCAAGCGCAGGCCCAGGCGGAGGAGGAGCGAGCGGAGGCUCAGCGGCUGCUGGCACGUGUCAAGAACCAGCUGCAAAAGUACCACCAAGAGAACCAGGGGCUGAUUAAAAUGGUGAGAGAUUCACUGGCUGGCUAUGAGUCCAAGAUCAGUGACCUCCAGGAAGCUCUGAACCAGGCCUCAGGACAGAUCAAGCAGGCUGAAAACUUAAACAGAGACAAUGGCGUUCUCUUGGAAGACAUCAAGAAACGAGUUGAGGAGACCAAUGUGCAGCAGAGUGGGAUCCUGGCAAUCCUGAGCUCCGCACGCUCCUCCCUCACACAAGCCACCAGCGUGCUGGGGCUGCUGCAGAAGAGCAAAGAGGAAUAUGAAGGCCUGGCUGCCCAGCUGGAUGGAGCAAGGAAGGACAUGAAUGCCAAGCUGGCAAACCACUCCCUAUCAGCAAGCAAAGAACCACUGGUGGUGAGGGCUGAGGAGCAUGCCAAAGCUUUGGAAGACUUGGCAAAGCAACUGGAAAAAAUCAAGAACAGCUACAGGAAGGAUGAGCUGGUGGGCUGUGCUGUGGAGGCUUCCACUGCCUAUGACAAUAUUAUCAAUGCCAUCAAAGCAGCAGAGGAAGCAGCCAGCAAAGCUGGGAAUGCAGCUGACUCAGCUUUAUUGACUGUGAAGAGAGAAGACCUCUCAGGAAAAGCUGCCAAGUUAAAAACUGAGAGCAGUGCCCUGCUGGAUCAAGCACAGGAGACUGAAAGGACAUUGAAAGCUCUUGCUCCAAAUCUUGAAGACAUGAAGCAAAGACUUGGAGCUGCUGAUGGAAAGAAGAAUUCUCUGCAAGUUGAUCUUGUGACUCUUCAGAACAACCUCAAUGGCAUUGACAGAGAUGACAUCAACAACAUCAUCACCAGUGCCAAGAACACGGUAGAAAGUGCCAAGGGUGUCACAACUAAUGUCCUGGAGGAGCUGCUCCCAAUUCAGGAGGAUGUGGAAGAAAUGAAGAGCACCUAUGGAAGCACACAGAGUGCUGGCUUCAGUAAAGCACUGAUGGAGGCCAACAACUCAGUGAAAAAACUGACAACCAAACUUCCAGACCUGUUCAGCAAGAUUGAGAGCAUCAACCAGCAGCUGCUGCCCAUCAGCAACAUCUCUGAGAACCUGAACCGCAUCAGGGAGCUGAUCCAGCAGGCAAGAGAUGCUGCAAACAAGGUUGCUGUUCCCAUGAGGUUCAAUGGCAGCUCUGGCGUAGAGGUUCGGCCUCCAAGCAACCUUGAAGAUCUGAAAGGCUACACUUCCCUGUCUUUCUUCCUCCAAAGACCUAAGCCAAGAGCAGACACCCCCCAGAGGGCAUCAAACAAGUUUGUGCUGUACCUGGGCGAUAAAGAUGCUUCCAAGGGCUACAUGGGGAUGGCUGUGAAAGGAGGACGCCUCACCUGUGUCUGCAACCUGGGAGAAGGUGAUGUGGAGGUAGAUGUGCAGCCACUUGUGACUGAGAGUGAAACUGAGGAGGCCAUUAUGGACCAGGUCAAGUUUGAAAGGAUUUACCAGUAUGUCAAGCUCAACUACAUCAAAGCAGCAACAUCAACUUCUCCAGUCCCUGGAAGAACUUUGACUGCAAGCAGUGGAGGCAGUGACACUCUCCUAAAUCUUGAUCCCAGCACUGUUGUUUUUUAUGUUGGAGGCUACCCACCAGACUUCAGGCCCCCCCCCAAGCUGGACUAUCCUCACUAUGAAGGCUGCAUUGAGCUGGACAGCCUGAACGAGCACAUUGUCAGCCUCUACAACUUCAAGAGGACUUUCAACCUCAACACCACUGAAGUGCAGCCCUGCAGGAGGUACAAAGAAGAGACUGACCAGAGCUAUUUUGAAGGCAGUGGCUAUGCCAGUGUGGCAGUGAGGGAACCAAACACCCACAGCCGGGUGCGCUACGAGCAGACCAUCGAGAGCACUGCAGACGAAGGCAUCGUCUUCUUUGCAGCAGAGGGGGACCAGUUCAUCAGUGUGCUCAUCAAGGAUGGUCACACAGUUUUCAGGUACAAAAUUGGCUCUGAGCCCCCAAAGGAGAUCGAAAGCAAUGCAACAGUGAGCGAUGGAAGCUACAAGCAGAUCCAUUUGGUGCUGGCCCGAAGCAGGAAUACUGUUCACGUCAGUCCCAACAUCAGAGCCAACAUCAAAGUCUUCAUCUUCACCAAGUACUAUCUGGGUGGGAUUCCACCAGCUCUGAGGGAACACUUUAACAUCUCCACCCCUCCCUUCCGGGGCUGCAUGAAGAACGUGAAAAACCCCAGCACUGCCUCUGUGGUCUUUGAUGAGACUGUUGGAGUCAGCAAGAAAUGCUCAGAUGACUGGAAGCUCAUCAGGUCUGCAGCUUUUUCCAGGAGGGGAACACUGAGCCUGAGUGCAGCAGGAUUCCCAUUUCCCAAGGAUUUCCAGGUUGGCUUUGGCUUUCAGACCCUGGCGUCGACUGGAACCCUCUUCAGUUACAACCUCUGGCCAAACAUCCUUACCAUCUACCUGAGACCUGGCUCUGUAACUGCAAAGGUGGGAGAGAAGGAAAUCAGCCUGGAGCAGAGCUAUGAGGAUGGGUCACUGCAUUAUGUGACAGUCAUAAAAGCAGACAACAGAGUACAUCUGCUGGUUGAUGACAAAGCAGCAGCAGCAGCAGUUGACUCUCCUAGAGCAAGGGCACUGAUUGAACCUCUCAGGUUUGGUGGAGAUGAUUUUGAAGGCUGCAUCUCAAACAUCUUUGUUAAAAGGACAGGUCAGCUCCCUGAGGUUCAGAACCUUGUGAACUACACUGCCAAGUCCGGGGUGUCGCUGGGAGCCUGCCGCCGAGCCGAGAGCCUCCAACCAGUGCUGCUGAAGGACUUCAGGCAUCAGCCCAGGGUUAAGAUGCUCAAGGAUGAAAAUUCCCUUGGGUAUUUGAAAGCUGCUCAUCUGCAACCCAAGCCUAGGUCCUCUUCACCAACCCAGCUCAACACCAGCAGUGAAGCACAGCUCCUUGGAAUCACCCCCAACAGCUCCAUAGCCUACAUGUUUUCUCCAGCUGCAGCUACAGACAGGUUGCACCUUUCUGUCGACGUCCGGACUCGAUCCUCUAGAGGAUCAAUCAUUUUCAUGGAGGGGGGGUCUGAGGCCUCCCCCUUGGCUCUCUACAUCUCAAAAGGACGUUUUGUCUUCUCCCUGGGCUCUGGAGGCAAGCAGCUGAAGAUGAGGAGCAGUGCUAAGCACAAUGACGGGCGCUGGCACACUGUGCUGCUGAGCCUGGACGGGAGGAGCCUUCGCCUCGUGGUGGAUGGGCUGAGGGCCCAGCAUGGGAGAGUGCCAACAACCUCUGCCCUCAGCUUCAAGCCCCCAGUCUACGUGGGAGGGCUGCCAUGGCUGCAGACACAGAACAUACCAACAAAGAGUUUCAAGGGUUGCCUGAAGAAUCUGAAGAUGAAUGGAGAAGUCUUGAAGGCACCCCAGCAAAACCAGGAUGUCCUUCCAUGUCUGGAUGUUGCCAUGGACACAGGGAUUUAUUUCUUUGAUGAAGGAGGAUACAUCACCCUUGGCAAUCUGCUCCUGGGCUUGGAUUUCAGGCUGGUGUUUAGCAUUCGGCCAAGGAGUCCAGCAGGGACCCUCCUGCAUGCUGGCAGCAAGCAAGGCAGCUACCUGACUGUGUACAUGGAAGGAGGGAAGGUCACUGUGGCUGGAAAUUAUGGUGCUGGGGAAUUCCAGACAUCAGUGACACCUAAGCAGCCUCUGACUGAUGGCCACUGGCAUCCUAUUGCAGUCUCUCAGCAGAAGGAUGUGGUGCAGCUGAAGGUGGGCACCCAGAGCAACUCCACCACUGGGCCUCCACCAUCUCAUCCUUCCACUGUGCAGCAGCCUCUCUACUUUGGCAAAACCCCAGCAGGUCUGGACAGCCUGUGGCCUCCAGCUCCGGCUCCCUUUUCCGGCUGCCUUCGCGACGUUCACCUCAACGACAAAGCUGUCUCCCCCAGGAGGGUCUCAGAGGCUCAUGGUGCAGUGAGCCUGCAGGGGUGCCCAGCAGAGUGACUUUGCCUGCACACACACCCCACUGGGGUCUGCUGAGGUGCUGUGUGAA